GAAAGCUGCCCUUGCCCACCAUCCAGGGGGCAUGGUGAACGGCAGCAUGAACUCCAUGGGUCAUAUGAUGGAGAUGAUGCAAUCGCGGCAGGAUCAGACCGGUCACCACCACCUGCACUCUCACCCCCACCAGCACAUGCAAGGCCCACCCCACGGAUACCCACACCAUGCCCACCACCACCCCAACCAUGCACAGAGCGCCCAUCACCACCCACAAAGCCACGGGCACCACAACUCCCACCCGCCCCACCUGCACCCUGCACACGGACAUCAGACCUCUCCACACCAACCAAUGCACUCUGCUGCUUCACAGUUAUCUCCAGCUGCACAGCAAAUGCAGCCGACGCAGACCCUUCAGUCCCCGCCGCCCAGCGGAGGGCGCCGCAGACGGGUCAUGGACGAGGACCCCGACGAGCGCAGGAGGAAGUUCCUGGAGAGGAACCGCGCGGCUGCCACACGCUGCAGACAGAAGAGGAAAGUGUGGGUGAUGUCGCUAGAAAAGAAAGCGGAGGAGCUCACCCAAACCAACAUGCAGUUGCAGAACGAGGUCACCAUGCUAAAGAACGAGGUGACACAACUGAAACAGCUUUUAUUGACACACAAGGACUGUCCCAUCACCUCCAUGCAGAAAGACUCUCAAGGUUACCUCAGUCCAGAGAGCAGUCCGGCAGGAAGUCCUACCCCUGUAACCCAGCAGCAAGUCAUCCAGCACAACACCAUCACCACCUCCAGCACAGCACCCAAUCACCGCACAGAUAUUAACCCCAUCCACUAGAGACUCCAGCCCCUGACGCCCUUUAACACGCUGGACAUCCCGACUGCAAAUCCUGGACAGACACACACCUCUGUGCCUAAGUGGCUGCUUAUUCAUCUGUUUUCAAUUUGUAAAUGUAAACUGAUUACCAUUUAGUUUAGUUCUGUGUGUUUUAUGUCUCCAUUCGUGUCUGCUUAAAAAAAGGGAGUUUCAUAAACCAUUGGGCACCAUCUCGCUUGUCAAGGACAUCACUAAUGGAAACGCAACUGUUACAUCUGUUCCUGGAUUUCUGCUGGACCACUGCCUUUACAAAUUGCAAAAUUCAGAUAGCUGGAUAGCUUUUUCUAUGAAUUUUCCAUUGCCAAAAAGAUGCUGUCCUUUCCUUUUUGUUUAUUGUUAUAACAAUUACUCUCACAGUCCCCUUUUUAUCAAAUUCAAAAGGAUAAAUUAGGAAGGUCAGUCUCCAUUGGGAGUUCCUAAUGAAAGUAACCUGAAGCAAUAUGAAUCUCUGACAUGCUCAGCAAUCUGAUUGUCUUCACUUGCUCGCUCGGACCAGAAUCUAGAUCAGAUUAAGUUCAACCUAUUAGCUCCUGUCAUUUCAGAUAUAAUUUCAAAAGUUAUUUUCUUAAAACAAAACAGCUUUGGGCUCCUAAGCUGGUACAGAUCAUGUAAAUGGAAUGCAUUUAUCAGGCUCACACAGGCUCCUGUGAGCAUAUGCCCUGCUGAACAUGUGUGAUAUUUCGGAGUAUUCCCAGAGUGGCGAGUUCACAGCUGCAAUCGUGUUGCACCAGGAAGACAUCUCACUUGGCGUUUCUGUACAAACAUUUCAGAAGAUACCAUCAACUGUUUCAUUUUAAGUUGGUGUAAUUUCUGGUCAGAUUUACCCCUGGACCUCAUCAGUUUGCAUAUUACUUCUUCUGGCAGUUCAUUUCGGUAUCUGUUUUCGAUCAGCAAGUGGACUAAGUAUUACACACAUACUUCAAUACAUUUUUAUGUAUGUUUUGUGCUCAUAUGUGGGCCUUCCAACCAAUGCACUCCAACUAAUCUUGCACCAAAAAUAAUGCCAUGGAAAACUUUUGGCAGCUUUCGCUUUACCUGAGGCUAUGGAAAACAUAAAUGCUACUUAAAAUUAGCUUUCGUUUUUGCUCAAAGUAUUGUUUAGAUCUUCCUCGGGCAUUCUGACUGUGAUGUAAAUUUAAUUUAAUAGGCUUAAAUGUAAAAGGAUAUAUUUUGAUACAUAGUCUUGGUUUGUUUGGUGCCUAGGAAAUCAUAUGAGGCUUCUUUCUUGACAUGGACCAUAGUCAAUUCUGCAUUUGACUAUAGUCUUUAUGAAACCGUCAAGCCCCAACAAAGGUGCUGUUGGUUUUGAGAUGUUAGUAUACAGUCAGCAGCUUACUGUAAGGGGCAGUUCACGAAGAAUGCAUUUUCACAUUUAUAAAAUGCAAGAUGAAAAUGGCAAAAGGCAGGUUCUCAAGAUGCGUUUUUAUUUGAAACUUCUUACAACUUGACAAGGGCUCGAGAUGCAAAAGGCGUUAAAAAGCAGCAACACAGUGCAAUGCCAUUUUAAUGGCUGUCUCAAUCACUAAAUCCUUCCAAUACACUGGAAUGUUCGCUCCCUAAAAAAUCUCACAAUGCACCACAAAAACCAGGGUGCAUUUAUGGUUACUAUGUUCCCUUACUGGAAUACACAUGCCGUUUUCUGAACCGCGUAAACUCAUAGUAUUACACAAUAGAAGGUUUGAUGGUGGCAUUUUACAACUCGGAAACAGUGUCCCAAUGUGUAAUGAACCAGGGUUCUUACCUGUGUACACGAUAUACUGAUUCACGAUCUAGGGAGCUGAUUGAGAUGCACCCGAAUAAAAGUCACGCAAUGGAACGCGAAAACGCAUUCUGUGUGAACUGCCCUAAUAAUAAGAUUCCAAUGUGACCUUUGUAAGGGAUGUGUGGGCAAGAUCCCAUAUACCUCAUGAGUGUAUGAUCAUGGACUGAUGAGCUAUAAGAUGGCCGCUGUCACUUUAAGACAUUGAGUCCUAAAUACCUUAAAGACCAUGACACACCAAACCAACAUUAAAGAACUAGCGGCGAUGAAAGCCGACUGUGUUGCUUCGCCUGUGUCUGGGCUAAAAAGUUGCCGCAAAGGCUACAACCAAAGGCCGACUAGUACAUACAUUCUGCAUACGCGUGAAAAGAAAAAACUUUCCAUACCAGCAGGUGGCAGUAGUCGACAACAGUAUUCAUCAUUCAAAAAUGGAAACCAAAACG